AUGGCGUGGAGGGGACAGCUCGCUCGGAAUCUCAAGGAGCUUCGGAUCUUAUUCUCUCCAUCUUCCCCUUCCAGCUCUUCUACUAGAGCUUUCAUUGAGAAUAACUACAAAGACCUGAAAACGAAGAACCCUAAGCUCCCCAUUUUGAUCCGUGAGGCCGCUGGAAUCGAGCCUCAGCUCUGGGCAAGAUAUGACAUGGGUGUUGAGAGGGGAAUACUUUUGGACGGCUUUAAUGAGGAAGAAAUUUCUAAGGCACUCGAGGAUCUUUCUAAGGGAGGGGCCAGCAGUUGA